AUGGUGCUAUCAUCGAAACUCAGAGCUUGUCGUGGAAUCUAUUAUGAAUACCGACCGAUGUCAACGCAGCUACAGGACACCAAUUUGUUCAGACCAAUAGUAGUUGGACACAAUGCACAAUUGAAUCAUAGAGUGGUUCAUCUUCCUACAUCCAGAUCAAGAUCGACCAAUGACGGAGAAAAUUUUCCCACCGAUUUGAUGUUGGAGUAUUACGAUUCCAGAAGUAAGGUCAGUGGCUCAUUGAUCAUUUUUGAGUCGUGCUUGGUCUCACCAAGAAGUGGAUUGCUGCCGUACAAGUCUGGAGUAUGGAGUCGCCCACAGUGCAAAGCCUUGAAGUUGAUCACGGACAAAAUACACGCAAAUGGCUCCUACGUGUCAUGUCAGAUUUUUGCCCCAGGGAGAACAUCAAACAUAGCUUUAUUGAAAGAAAAAGGACUUCCCCUUCUCGCUCCCACAUCAAUAUACCAUUCGUCAGAUCAAGCAAAAGCAGCAAAAGACUUGAAUUAUCCGUUGCAGGAGCUAACAGUCGAGCAAAUACAUAACAUGCAGCAAGACUUUGUGACUGCAGCUGUAAAUUGUUUGCCGAUUGCAGGUUUCGAUAUGGUUGAACUUCAUGGAAGUUCGGGAUUCUUAAUUGAACAAUUUCUUUCGCCGAUAUCCAAUUUAAGGACCGAUGAAUAUGGCGGAUCGGUUGAAAAUAGAUGCCGAUUUUUGAAGGAAAUUAUUGAGAUGUUCAUUAGACACCCCGAGAUCGGAAGCGCAAAAUUUGGCGUUAGACUUAGUGCUUGGUCGACACACUUUGGAAUGGAAUACCCAGAGGACGAAUACUCCAUGGAUGAAACAUUUCCACCAUUUCUUUAUUGUGCGCAUAUGAUGUCAUUCUUGGAGAAGUGCAGGCUCUCUGGUGAGGAAGUCGCCUACGUUUCGAUUCAAGAGCCUCGUGUUUCUGGCUCAGUAGAUCAAAAUCCUUCAGGUAGAUCAAAUGCAGCCUUGCUACUGAUUUGGUCGGGUAUUGUGAUCAGAGCUGGAGGGUACGCAACAGACUACAAGGGGGACCCCAGUCGUAUUGCGUCCAACAAUCCCAAUUUGGAGAUUACAGAUGGUCAGAUAAAACACUAUUCCUCUUUGAUAAAAGACGUCAAUGCGGAUGAGCGUACAUUGAUUGGGUUCUCAAGGCCGUUUACAUCCAAUCCAGAUCUUAUAGAGAGGCUCAGAUCAAACAAGAAGUUGGACUUGUACCAUCGAGAGCAUUUUUAUACGCACAAGGUGGAAGGAUAUUUGACCUUCAGAGACUAUGUCGAUGACCACCUAUUUUCCAAUACUUUAGCCUUGUCGCAAGAGGCGCUAGAUAAACACGGUGUAUCCUUGGCUGCUCAUGAUGACUAG